GGAGGCUCCCGGCUCAGAUCGCCGAAGCGUCGGACUACCGUUGGUUUCUGCAACUUCCUGGAUUAUCCUCGCCAAGGACUUUGCAAUAUAUUUUUCCACCUUUUCUGGAAGAAUUUCGCUGCUUCCCGAAGGUCUUGGACGAGCGCUCUAGCUCUGUGGGAAGGUUUUGGGCUCUCUGGCUCGGAUUUUGCAAUUUCUCCCUGGGGACUGCCGUGGAGCCGCAUCCACUGUGGAUUAUAAUUGCAACAUGACGCUGGAAGAGCUCGUGGCGUGCGACAACGCGGCGCAGAAGAUGCAGACGGUGACCGCCGCGGUGGAGGAGCUUUUGGUGGCCGCUCAGCGCCAGGAUCGCCUCACAGUGGGGGUGUACGAGUCGGCCAAGUUGAUGAAUGUGGACCCAGACAGCGUGGUCCUCUGCCUCUUGGCCAUUGACGAGGAGGAGGAGGAUGACAUCGCCCUGCAAAUCCACUUCACGCUCAUCCAGUCCUUCUGCUGUGACAACGACAUCAACAUCGUGCGGGUGUCGGGCAUGCAGCGCCUGGCGCAGCUCCUGGGAGAGCCGGCCGAGACCCAGGGCACCACCGAGGCCCGAGACCUGCAUUGUCUCCUGGUCACGGUGAGUCGGGCCUCUGCCCUGCCCCGCCACGCCCGGGCACCUGGGCCGGUGUUUGUCAACAAAGUCGGGCUGACUGGUCCUGCACAGCUCAGCGCUCAGCCACGUUUGGCAUGUCCCGUGGGCAGCCGGGCUGGGGCCUCCUCACCCAGGGAGCUAUUUUGAGCCUGACUGUUUUCCCCACACAGGGGCCCCGGGAGAGGGAGGCUCCACUAAACCCCUUCUUUUCCCUCCUACAGAACCCUCACACGGACGCCUGGAAGAGCCACGGCUUGGUGGAGGUAGCCAGCUACUGCGAAGAAAGCCGGGGCAACAACCAGUGGGUCCCCUACAUCUCUCUUCAGGAACGCUGAGGCCCUUCCCAGCAGCAGAAUCUGUUGAGUUGCUGCCAAAAACAAAAAAUACAAUAAAUAUUUGAACCCCCCUCCCCCCCAGCACAAUCCCCCCAAAACAACCCAACCCACGAGACCAUCGGGGGCAGAGUCGUUGGAGACUGAAGAGGAGGAGGAGGAGAAGGGGAGUGAGCGGCCGCCCCCAGGGCGGAGAUCCAGGAGCUGGCGGCCGCCGAUCCGAUGGAGAAGGGGGGACCCAGGCCAGCAGGAGACAGGACCCCCGAAGCUCAGGCCUUGGGAUGGAGCAGAAGCCGGAGUGGCGGGGCACGCUGCCGCCUUCCCCAUCACGGAGGGUCCAGACUGUCCACUCGGGGGUGGAGUGAGACUGACUGCAACCCCCACCCUCCUUGAGACUGGAGCUGGCGUCUGCAGACGAGAGACUUGGUUGAACUUGGUUGGUCCUUGUCUGCACCCUCGACAAGACCACACUUUGGGACUUGGGAGCUGGGGCUGAAGUUGCUCUGUACCCAUGAACUCCCAGUUUGCGAAUUAUAGAGACAAUCUAUUUUGUUACUUGCACUUGUUAUUCGAACCACUGAAAGCGAGAUGGGAAGCAUAGAUAUCUAUAUUUUUAUUUCUACUAUGAGGGCCUUGUAAUAAAUUUCUAAAGCCUC